GAGGCAGUUUGUAAUCAGCUGUUAAAGUGGGCUCUGUCCCCAUCGCAGCAGUUGAGAGCAGAGCUGCGUGCUGACCAGUGAAAAGCUUACAGGUCCGCUCUGCAUACUGACCUAUACAACAACAACAGCAGCAAUAGAGGACUCACAGGAUAGAUAUUCAGACUACAAACUGAUUAGCUGGAUUUUGUCAGAUGUAAGCAUGGUGGUGUAAGUGUGUGUCUUUUUUGUGUGUUUGGUUUGCCUGUUUUCUGACUCCACUGACUGUACUGGAAGAGCAAGUGAAAAAAAGAUGAUUGAGCUGGGCCUCGCCGAUGGCAGCCUGAUCGAUGAGCUGAUGGAGCUGACGGCACAGAGCCUCAGCCACCUGGAGAUCCAGGAACAUUUCAACAUCGUCAAGGAGAUCGGCCGAGGGAAAUACGGCAAAGUGCUGCUGGUCACACAUCGCUUCAGGGGGACUCCUAUGGCCUUGAAAGUGAUGCCCAAAGCCUCAACUAAGCUGCAGGGUUUUCUGCGAGAGUAUUGCAUCUCUUUACACUUGUCCUGCCACCCCUGCAUCGUGGGCCUCUUUGGCAUUGCCUUCCAAUCAAAUGAGCACUACUGCUUUGCCCAGGAGCUUGUCAUUGGAAGGGACCUCUUUGCUGUCAUCCAGCCAAAGGUGGGUAUCCCGGAAUCUUCAGUAAAACGUUGUGUCCUCCAGAUCGCCAGCGCUUUGGAGUUCAUCCACAGCCAUGGCCUAGUCCAUCGUGAUGUCAAGCCUGAAAACAUCCUCCUGUUGGACAAUCACUGUUGCCAGGUCAAGCUGGCAGAUUUUGGGCUGGCCCAGAAGAGAGGCACUCUGAUACGCUUCAUCACCGGAACUCUGCCCUACAUGGCCCCAGAGCUUUGUACCAUGGCCCUUCUGGAGGGCCAGAAAGAAGUGACUGCUCCGCCACUUAGUGUGGAGCCAAGCCUGGACACCUGGGCCUUUGGGGUGGUUAUCUUCUGUAUCCUUACAGGCUAUUUCCCAUGGGAGUGCUGCAUGGAAUCAGAUGACUUUUAUCUGGAGUUUGCAGACUGGUGCAGAAUGGAGGAGCGUCAAGACAUUGUGGAGGACAUUCCUUCUUUGUGGAAAAGAUUCACUCCGGAGGCCAUGGAGAUGUUUAGUAAGCUCCUGGCUCUGGAUGCAGGAAAAAGGUGUACGGUGGGGGAAGUGAGAGCGUAUGUGGAGAAGGACUGGCUUAAGAAGACACAUGGUAUUGGGCAGGAGAAAGCAGAAAAAGUGAAUGGCUCUGAGAAUAAUCCUGGGCAUGCUGAGAUGGAGGAACAGCCUAAUACUUAGAUCGCACAUAAAAGCUAUGGCUUCAUCAUACAGCAUGUAAAAUAUACAGUAUAGAAAGCAAAUCAUUGGUGCCUGGUAUCAGGUAUGUGAUUUGCCGUGAUUUCUCAUAUGACAUUUACAUGUGAGUGACACAUUAUUUUAGACUUGUGUCAUGCAGUCAGUUUGUAAGACCAUUUGAUAGCAACAUAAACGCAGCCCACGUACGCUGAAGUGAACAAAUACUCACAUCCUUUUUAAGUCCUGGAUUCAAAAUUUUGCUUACUUGAAAAUGACAGAAAAAAAAAACAACUUUCACAGUGAACACACUCAUUACAUAUGAUAUUAUUCGAUUGUAUUGCUAAAUGACACUAAAUAGUAUUUUAAAAAAUAAAGCUGAUUGCAACUACUAUAUACUUGCACCACUUGUGUGUAA